CUAAUCUCAGAGUUGGCAGCAAGUGUAAACCCCUCCCUCUUGUAUGACGGCAUGGCCCCGCCCUGCUGGGGUGCACUGCGUGCGAGGUGGUCAGUCACACCGGCAAGCAGGCGGCACGGUAGCACUAGAGGAUGCACGGACUGGCCUAGCUGCAGAAACUUCUCUGCUCCCCCACACAAGAAUGGGGGAUUUAUAAGGACAGAUUUCAACGUGGCUUCUACAACAACCUGGUUUAUAUGAAGAGUAAAUGGAUCAAACCAGUGCUUCUGGAUAUCAUUGCUGUACAUUUUAUACAGAGCUCCUUGGUAUGUAAAGACCAUUAGGAGAUUUUGUUUUCUUGUCUGUUUAUCGCCCCUCCCAUCCGGAAAGUGAGCUGGGAACGCUGACAAGCAUGCACACUGCUGCAGGUGGAAAGACUGGAGACGUCACAUGCCUUAUUCACCUGUUAGACUUGCCACUAAGAAAGUUACCAGUCAGGUUUAUACCACUUUGAGUCAGAGGGAGGGGAGAGAAAAUAAAAAAGGUAGCUCUGCCAUAAGGACAUAAAAAUGGAAAGUGCUUUCACUCCCUGUCACGCUGUAUAGUACAGUCCCGGAACUUUUACAGUGCACAAAAGUUGGAUCUGUUGGCAGAGUGCAGAAGUCCGGAUGUGUUCGGUUAUGGAUGCUGUGUGGAGUUUACAGUGUUCUUCCUGUUCACCUCUGUCUGGAUGAAAUGACUGUGGGUUAAAAACAUGACUUCUCCAUUAACUGCUGAAGAGAACACAGUUGAAACUAAUUAUGAUGAGUUAUGUAUAGAUGAUGAUAAUGAUGUGUUUGCAGCAGAAUCUAAUCUUGAUACUGGUUCCAGACACAACUUGAAUUUAUGGCAUAGAAGUAAUUCAGUUGUCUGGCCCCUUCCAUCCUCAGAAGAUUGUGAAACUGAGGUGCUGCCUAGUGGGAACUCCAGUGGCAGAGGUAGCAUUGAUAGUACCAACUUCACUUUCCCCCAGGAAGCACGCAGUCGCACUUCAUCCCUGGUAAAUGGUCUACUAACAGAACUCUAUGACACAUACCGCGGUGGCACAGGUUCUGCCCAUGGACAACAUCAUGAUAGUGUGGAUAGCUCAACAGAGGCGUCUGGCUCGGAUGCUUUUUUGAGCAGGAGCAACCCUGAAUCUGGAUUUCUGCAGGAGCUGUCAGAGAAGCAGAGCCGCAGGCAUCAAAUCCAGUUCCUGAGGCAAAAAGAUGGCAGUGAAUUGAAAACAAUAAGAGGAGAACUUAAACAUCGUAUUCGGAUUCAGUCUGCCAAGUUACUACGGCAGUUGAAGCAGAAGGACAGACUUCAGCACAAGUUACAGAAGAAUUGCGAUAUUGUGACCGCGUGUUUGCAGGCCGUUUCACAGAAACGUCGUGUAGACACAAAGUUGAAAUUUACACUUGAGCCUUCACUGGGCCAGAAUGGCUUUCAGCAGUGGUAUGAUGCUCUCAAAGCUGUUGCCAGGCUACCCACUGGAAUACCAAAAGAAUGGAGACGGAGAGUAUGGUUGACUCUUGCAGACCAGUACUUGCAUAGCAUCUCUAUAGACUGGGAUAAAACAAUGCGCUUUACAUUCAAUGAAAGGAGUAAUCCUGAUGAUGACUCAAUGGGAAUUCAAAUAGUCAAGGAUCUCCACAGAACAGGCUGCAGCUCCUAUUGUGGACAGGAGGCAGAACAAGAUAGAGUAGUAUUGAAACGUGUGCUUUUGGCUUAUGCCAGAUGGAAUAAAUCUGUUGGUUACUGCCAAGGGUUCAAUAUUUUGGCUGCCCUUAUCCUCGAGGUGAUGGAGGGCAACGAGGGGGAUGCUCUUAAGAUAAUGAUUUAUCUUAUAGACAAAGUACUGCCUAACAGCUACUUUGUCAAUAACCUAAGAGCGCUGUCAGUGGAUAUGGCUGUAUUCAGGGACCUCCUGAGAAUGAAGUUGCCAGAUCUGUCUUACCACUUGGAUGUACUUCAGAGAACUGCAAAUAGGGAAAGUGGAGGAGGUUAUGAGCCCCCUCUCACUAAUGUCUUCACCAUGCAGUGGUUCUUGACUCUGUUUGCCACCUGUCUUCCUAACCACACUGUUCUGAAAAUCUGGGACUCUGUGUUCUUCGAAGGAUCGGAGAUCACUCUAAGGGUGGCACUGGCCAUUUGGGCAAAGCUAGGAGAACAGAUUGAAUGUUGCCAAAAUGCAGAUGAAUUCUACAGUACGAUGGGAAGACUGACUCAAGAGAUGCUUGAGGACAAUCUGAUAGACAGCAAUGAGCUUAUGCAGACUGUCUACUCAAUGGCUUCUUUUCCAUUCCCACAACUCGCUGAAUUGAGGGAGAAGUACACAUAUAACAUCACACCUUUCCCAGCACCAGUCAAAUCUGCUUCAUUUUCUGGACACCCAAGUAAAAUGCGAGACAGCGAUGAGGAAAAUGACAUUGAUGAGGAAGAUAUAAAUGCCAAUUCUGUUGGAUGUCUUGGCCCAUUUAGUGGACUGUUGUCCCCAGAAUUUCAAAAAUACCAGAAGCAAAUUAAAGAUCAAAAAGAGGAACAAAGUUUGAAAUUUGGCAACAUUGCAGAGCUCAGUCCAGGUGCAAUAGAUUCCUGUCGGGGGGAAUAUCACGCUGUGUUUAAUAGUAUGAUGAUGGAACGCAUGACAACAGAUAUCAAUGCCCUAAAGCAGCAAUAUUCCAGGAUCAAGAAGAGGCAGCUGCAGCAGAUUCACCAGGUUUACAUUAGAGCAGGACUUGAAGAAGAAAAAGAUCCUGGGAUCCCAUUUGAUCCCAGGGAUCAGCUGACUAAUGAUAAAGGGCCUGUGAGCAGCAUUUUACAGUCACAAGUUAAUCAUUCUCCAGUUAUAAACCAUUUGUUGCUCGGCAAGAAGUUAAAACAAGUAAACAGGUCUUCUAAAAGCACAGUCAUCCAAUUGCCAUCCUCUAAGUCAAUGAUAUUUCCCAACGAAGAAACCAAAGGUAAGCUGAAUUCUCCAUGGCGGUCUCAAAUCAGAGUUCACCGAAAAAACAUUGCAAGGUCCAAAAGCCAGGUUGGCUAUGGAGACACAAUUGGACUUAUAGAGGAGCAAAAUGAAGUCCCCAAAGAUCAGGUUGAUGCAGACAAGAAAAGUGAGGACCUUGUGCAGCCACCUCCUGCUUUGGUGAGAGAAGAAAGCAGCUUGGAUAGGACUGUUAUGAAGGCUGAUGGACAUUCUCCAGUUCCUCUUUUUCAAGAUGAAAAUGCAAAUGUGACUGUUGUACAGAGCAAGCUAGAGGCAUUGCAGCUGAACCCCAGUAAUGAAAAUAAAGACAAGUCUGAGGUGAUCCAGUCUAGUUCACACAAUUCCCCAAGUGAAAGUGAAACAUUCUCAAGAUCACCCAAAGGGCAUGUUUUUAGUCCUUUCCCCAGCGUUAAGCCACUUAGAAAAUCCACAGCGGCAAGAAAUUUGGGGUUGUAUGGGCCAAACAAUAGAACCCCAACAGUAAAUUUCCCACAUAUGAGCAGAAGCUUCAACAAACCAGUCAACGGUGCCAUUGGGAGUAAGAAGCGAUAACACAGUCCUACCACUUUAUUCUUCAUGCAGACUUUUAUUUUUAAAAGCCUUUCAUUUUUCUGUCCCUAUUCAGACCUUGCUGGUGUUUAUGAAAAUUGUUCUGUAGAUUUGUGGUUCAGUGCGAGAGGCUGCUGCUUUGUUAAAGGUGAUCUUAUUGAAAUGACACAGUUCAGGCCUUCAAAUAAAAUAUACUAGCAAAUUAAUUUGAGAAGAAUAAUGUGAUUUUCUGUUUAAGGGCUUCUUAACAUUUUAUUCAUUUUGCCAUAUCUUCUGGGUAUGCUAUCAGCAGGCAUUCCUGUAUAAAAGUAGAGUACUACAAAAUAAAUGAGUCCUUUACUUGCUUGGUGGCAAGUCCUUAUGUAAAUUACUAAACUUAGGAGUAGAUCCUUCGAUGGCAGAAAAUGCAGCGCAUUGGAGUUCAGUACAUGGAAAGCCACGUAAACUGCUUUGCAUAUUAUCAUCAGUUAAUGAAUAUCACCAUGUUAUAUGCUCUUAUUAAUUUUCUGUAAUAUACCUUAAUUUACAGUAAAGUAAGGUAAUGCAAAUACUGGAUGUUCACUGGAGCCAAUAUGUCGGGCCGUAUUUAUUACGUACGAUCAAUGUAUAGAAGCACUUGUAUUACUCCAGUAGUAUUGUAUGUAUACUCAACAUGUUUCAAUAAUUUAUUGCAUACUAUCAGAAUAGUCAAAUAUAUAAUUUAUGUGUUGAUUUAUGUCUUUUUGCCUUCAUCUAAAUGUAUUUAAUUGGGACAAUUUUAUGUCCUACAUGGCCUGAUAAUUUGUUUUUGGCUGGGUUUUGUGCAGUGAGACAAGCAUGGAAAUAUGCAUGUGUCUUCAGUCAUUGGCACAGGACUGGGAAAUGCAGUAAUUUAAAGAUGAAAGGGACAGUCACCAGCUAAAUGCAUAACGUUUGCAUGCUGGCAUUUUGUGUUGCCUUGCUCUUCAGAUGUGUAAUUGGAGAGUUUUAUUUCUUUCUAGAUUGUAGUUAGGAUGUUUAUGGUUUUCCUUUUUUUCAUUAAAAACGUUAACUCACUUUUUUUAUCUGUAAAAUGUCUGCCCAUCAGCUUCACUAUUUCCCAAAUGUCUCUCAUAUUUAUAGUGCCAAAAUGCAUGGUUUCUUUGGAACGGUAAAAUUACAAGGUUGGAAGUAGACAUAUGGUAUGUAUUGUCUCAUAGCUUAGAUUUCUUUCUUUGAAUAAUAAAGUACUGGAACAAUU